AUGAGUAAACAAGAGAAAGGAAUCGUGUUUGGACCUAUUGACGAAAUGUUCUUGCACGCUAUACUGGCUUUUUGUUGUAUUGGCGUUGUGACAUUUAUAGUCGAAAUGGUCUAUAAUAAACUAGACAUUUUUAAUCAUGAUAACAACUGUUGCAUUGACGUUGUUUAUCUUUCUACCAUAGUGCUAUGGUGCGAAGAAUUACCACAGAUAGGCAUGAAUGCUUAUAUUGCAAGUUGUCGUGAGGAAGGUACAAGCUUAGUUCAGUUAAUAAAAGCAUCAUUGUUAAUAGCCGGAUGCAUACUGCGUUUAAUCAUUGUUGGUGUACGAAUCUGGUUACGAAGAAAGAAGGAUACCAAAACAUUUUUAUUUUUAUUUUCUUCUUUUAUAUUAGUCGUAGGAUCAAUCUUAGCCCUCAUUUUUGCAAUAUCUGUUUUUGUUUUCUCAAAUAUCCAACAUGAUGGUUGGAGUUUUAAAUUUCAAGCAUCAACUGAACUUGAAACAAGAAGAAGUGACCCUUCAAGGUUUUUUGGAAGCGCGGGAAUAUAUCUAAAUGUAGCAGAACUACAGAAGGAAUCUACACAAUCAAAUCUCAAUGACACUUGGUUAAAAAUGAUCAACCUAACAUCUCUAAUAAAUAAACCAUCCCAGUUGCAAAACAUUAAAUUUGAAAGGAAAACAAACACGAAGUUGAUGAUUCAAACGUUCCUAUCUAUAAAUAACAGUGUUGAUUUCCAAAACGUCAAAUCUGAAUGCUACAACGAAACAAGCAAUUUUUUAAUGUUUCUGAAGGUCGAUGAAACAGAAUGCUUAACUUUAAUUAACAGUACAGACGUAGUGGAAAUAUGGAUACAUUUCAGGUUUCUUCCACCAACCCGUUAUCGUUUGAUGGGAGAUGUACAGUAUAACGCUUGUUACAUAACAUCUGAGGAUUGUUCAGAAAACCUAAAAACAUGUAGUGAAGUAAAUUUAAAAUACUUCUCUGCAAAAUCGACGGAAAAUAUUCAAUAUCACUUAAACCCUACAAAGACUAACUCCCUGUUUGAACUCUACACAUCAGAUAAUUUAACCCCAAGUAAAGAAGCAUGGAAAACAGGGUUUGUUGGUUGUAAGAGUUCGGGUUUCGAAUCGCCAAACUGGUAUAAUAGCAUUGCACUGUAUUGUCCAAAUUAA